AUAAGAAGUGGAUCAAUGCCCAUGCGCGCUCUGCAGAGGACGUUGUUAUAUAUUCACAUUGACAUAAUCAUUCACAAAUAUCUAGCGGUGGAUUUAUUCCAGGUGAAGAUGUCCUCCUGUGUCCUGCUCACUGUCCUCUUUGCCCUUCCUCUGGCUCUGGGAUGGGGGGUACUAGGUGAAAGAGAAGAAGCCCAGAUGGUGUGUGCUGGGAGGGAAUUCCGCUUGCCUGUGUACUCGACAUCCAGAACGGUGACUUUCACACCAAGCCCUGAGGGGCCGCGGCGCGUCCUGCUGGACAAAACCAUUGUAAAGGACCGGCGGUUUGAGUGGACCAGAGAUAAGAUGCUCGUCCUGAGAGAAGUGACUCACAGUGAUCAGGGACUCUAUGCCAUCAAACUGUUCUCUGGAUUUACCUACGAGGCUGUUCGGUUGACUGUUUCAGAAUGCAUCAAGUCCUACUACAAAAACUACGGGGAUAAAUUUGAGCACCACAUCCCUGAAAAUGGCUCCCUACUGGAGUUUUCUCCCCGCGGUGCUCCACCGGAGGCCAUGCCCGUUGUUCUGUGGAACCGGACGGACCCUGUGACCAGCAAUGCAGGCCGGGGCCGGCUGCUGCGGGGAGGGAAGUUCUGGGUGGCGGAGAGAGUGACGCAAGCGGACCAAGGCAACUACACCGUGAGGGACGGCGAGGGGAAGGUCCUGUCCCGCAACACUCUCACUGUUCGCGGGCACUCCUUCAAUGUCACCCGCUUUACCAAGGAGUCUCUAAACCUGCCCCUCUUUCUUCCUGUCCCUCAUGCCCAUCUCAUUUUUACCCCCACCCGAUUCCCUGAUGAAUCCUCCCUGGGCCCUUUUGACCCCAAACCCCCACGUGGCCCAGUGCAGCUGAUCCGCGGGGGCCAUAUAACGGACCAUGACAUGCGCUACAGGGGCCUCAUCUCGCUGGGCCGAAGCGGCAGAGCGGAGGUCAUCAUAGUGAGGCUGACUUCAAGGCAUGACGGGGUGUAUGAAAUCAGAGAUGUGGUUGGCAACCUGGUAUCCUCCACCUGGUUGCAGGUGAUCGAAAAAGGAAGCAGAUGGCGAUCACUUCUCAAGUCCAUCACUGUCCCUGCUGGUAUGUUUGUGUCACUGAUUGGUUUCAUUCUGUUCAUGAAGCGGUACCCAAACUGCAGCCUGUCGCAGAUCAUCACCAGCCUCAGAACCAACCGCACGCCAGCAGCCAACCCUCCGAGGGUUAACAUCCAGGAUUACAGCCAGUCCAGCUCUCAACCCUCAGGCUACUACUGUCACUCUCAACUGCCUGCAACACCAAGAAAAUGCACCCCAAGAGCCAGUCCUACUCGUCCUGGUUACAGUCCAGUUGUGGUAGAAACUCAGAGAGCAGAGAAUCAGGAAGCACACGUAUUGGCAGCAAGCUCACCGUGUCCGAGUUCAACCACUGAGCGGGACACAUUUCAACAAAAUGAGGAAGAGAGAAGGAUUUCCUUUUCGGUGCCUGGGGCUUCAGACUGCCUGCACUCCUCAGAAGACUGUGUUCAAUUUCAGAUAAAAAAAGAUGGAGAUCAAGGCAGGAGGAGCAUGUCACAAGGUUACUUUUCCACACUGCCACUAGACAGGGACACUUCUGAAUCCUGCAGUGUUUACACUUCAGAGAAACUGAACUUCUUAUAAAACAGAGAAUUGGAGCUGAAGGCAGAAGAAAGAAGACGUAACAUAAGGCAUGGAGGAACUGCAGUUUUGGAUUAGGAAGAGAAAUACCCCACCCGUGCCUUUUGUAUCUUAGCCUAGUUUUAAUGGUUUGGUAUGAUAUAUGCAUGUCAUAUUUUCAUGUGACUUUUUUAUGAAGCACGAGUUGAGCAUUAUCCUUCCUGUCUCAUAGUCAGUGGCGGCUCGUCCAUAGGGGGCGCUAGUGCGCCGCCCCUCUUAAAAUUUGGAGAUGAAAAAAAAGAAGAAAAAAAAAAAAAUCCUGUCAAAAAACAUUAUAUGCCAAAUCAUUUCAAUAGUAAAUAUACCGUGUUGACGCGCUAAAUGUGUGUGGGAGACCGUAAGCCCCUGUCAACAACCACUUAAGUUAAUGUGAAAAAAUAUAAUAUAUCGCCAUUAUCACGGAGAGAAGCCCCUCCCCUUUUUCGAGGCGCUGCUCUAACGUGUGUGUGCGGCAUCGAUACAACAUUUCAGUCGUUUUGGCAAUGACCGGCUUCACAUUGGCGGAUGAAACCGGGAAUCUUGGUGCGCACAAAUGUGCGCACGCGAUUGGAUUAUUCGGCAGAUCAGAGACCCGUAUGUUCCCUCAGCCCAUAGAGCAGUGUUGCCAGGUCCGCGGUUUUCCUGCGGAAUCGGGCCACUUUUGAAGUGUUGCGCGGGUUGAAUUUUUUGUCCUUGGUUCGGGUAGACCUAUUUUGCAUGCAAAUUACAUGAA